AUGGAGGACCGCACCUACUUCUGGUCAGCGGGUCCAUCGGACCUAGCCGGGAGGACUGACAAGCAGAUCCACCGACCUUCCCCCUAUCCGCCACCCAGGGGACGCUCCGUAUACGCUGAAGCUGCAAAAGAACCUGAACCUGUUCCUGAAACUGAAGGACCUGAGGGGUCUGUUGUAUGUGUCUCAGAAGUUCAAUCUGAACAAAAUCUGGUGACUUUCAAUAAACCCAUUAGAUGUGCGAAGAUAAGGGCUCUGGAGAUAAUUUCAGAUGUAAGUGCUCAAAUAUGUCAGUCUAUGGUGGAAGAAAGGGUAAAUUAUUUUGAGCAAAUAAGAAUAUCAGAAGACAGCCAGGUUCGUGCCAUUCGCCUUGAGGAACAGCGACAAAGAGACGCCAACCGCAGGGCUGCCGAGGAGGAGGACAAACGAGCACGACGCCUCGAAGAACAGCGGCAAAGAGACGUCAACCGCAGGGCUGCUGAGGAGGAGGACAAACGAGCACGACGCCUCGAAGAACAGCGGCAAAGAGACGCCAACCGCAGGGCUGCCGAGGAGGAGGACAAACGAGCACGACGCCUCGAAGAACAGCGGCAAAGAGAUGUCAACCGCAGGGCUGCCGAGGAGGAGGACAAGCAAGCACGACGCCUGAAAGAACUGCGGCAAGCAGCCGCUAUCCGCAGAGCCGCCGAAGACGAAGACGAGCGUGUUCGACGUCUGAAAGAACUGCGGCAAGCAGCCGCUAUCCGCAGAGCCGCCGAGGACGAAGACGAGCGUGUUCGACGUCUGGAAGAACUGCGGCAAGCAGCCGCUAUACGCAGAGCCUCCGAGAACGAAGACGAGCGUGUUCGACGUCUUGAAGAACAGAGGCAAAUAGAUGCCAACCGCAGGGAUGCUGAAGUGGCUGACGAGCGUGCUCAACGCCUUCUAGAACAGCGUCGUCGUACAGCUGAAAUUCGACAGAAUUCUCAGCGUAGUCGACUUCCAACCUAUAAAGCCGCUGCCUCAAGUCUCGUAGAGUACAGCAAUUUGGGAAUGUAUGACAUUGCAUGUGUUCAUUGUGGUGCUGUUCAUUUUUUGAAAGAGAGAGUGCAGAACAGAAUUCACCCUAAUUCGUUUGGUGACUGUUGCCUUCAUGGUCGCAUUGAACAAGCUGCGCCAGAGUUUCCCAAUGAAUUGGCAUUGCUGUACACAAAACAACACAGACUAGCCAAACAGUUCCACGAUAAAAUUCGAAAUAUUUCUGCCUGUUUUGCUUUUUCUUCAUUCAAUGUUGCUGAUGACAGGACUUUCAAUAGUAAAGGUAUUUAUACAUUUACUGCUGGUGGACAAGUGUAUCACAAGUUAAAUUUGGCGGCUCAGCCAGUCAGCAACAGUGAGGGUGAUUUGGAAAGACCUAGAUAUGGCCAAAUGUACUUCAUUGACCCGGAAACAGCCGUUGCAGAACGUGAUGAUCCCAGGCGAUUCAACUCACCAACUUAUAAUGAAGUUGCUGCUGUAAUUACAUUAAAUGCAGACCAAAGCAUCCCGGAAAAUGAGAUGGUUAUUAAGGAGCGAGGAAAACAGUUAAUAACGCUCAAGAACAUUGACAGCCGAGUAGAACCAUUCACCUACCCACUCCUCUACCCAAAAGGAACUUUUGGGUUUACUGUAGGGCUUCCUCUUAAAACGCCUUAUGCAAGCCGUGCACACAUGACGAGGAUGGAGUUGGCUCAAUACAGGUUAGCCUUUCGUCCAGAACAAGCCAAGGCUCUUCCUCCUGAACCAUUGCUAGAGGGAUUAGAUCUAAGGUCGAUUGGAUUUAAUGCUCUCCACUUUGGUGGUAGACUGUUUCAACAGUACGUCGUGGACACAUACAUCCGUGUUGAACGUGAUCGUAUUCAGUGGAUCAAAUAUAACCAAAAGAAACUUCAAGCUGAUCGGUAUGCAGGAGUAACACAUUUUCUAAAUGAAUUGGCUGAAAAGAAAAAUGCUACAGUUGCUGAAAAACUGAUUUUACCAUCAUCUUUUCCCGGAUCAACGAGAUAUUUCACUGAACACUUUGAAGACGCUAUGGCAAUUGUCCGAAGGUUUGGCUCUCCAGACUUUUUUAUCACAAUAACGUGCAGUCCAACAUGGCCAGAACUAAAAGAAGCUGCAUGUAUUGAGCUCUCUGAUGGUUCUAAACUACAACAGUUCGCCCAAGAAAGACCUGACAUUGUGGCUAGGGUAGCCAAAUUGAAAUUUGACAGCAUAGUUGAAGAUAUCAGUAAGAAACAGAUUUUUGGGAAGUCUUCUGCUUUUGUUUACACUAUAGAAUUUCAAAAACGAGGAUUACCCCACCUACAUCUUCUUGUCAUCAUGGCAAAUGAAGACAAACUCCGGUCUCCAGAGGAAGUAGACACUUUCAUUUCGGCAGAAAUUCCUAAUGAUGACCCAGUUCUAAGGGAGUUGGUCCUCAAAUGGAUGAUUCACAAUCCAUGUGGCGAACUUAAUCAGUCUGCAUCAUGUAUGGAGAAUAAGGGUGGAUCAGCUAAAUGCCGCUUUGGAUUCCCCAAAGCUCAUCAAGAGUUUACGUCAAUUGUUGACAACAAAAAACCGAAUUAUAAGAGACGGUAUGACCCACAACUGGAUCCAAAUAACCCAGAAUUUUCUCACGUCCAUGCGGUGUACCGCAAAAACAGUGAUGGACAAAAAGUUACACGGGACAAUAGACAUGUUGCUCCAUACAAUGGCUAUUUACUGAAGAAAUACAUGUGUCACAUAAAUAUCGAGUAUGUUGGUAGUGUUAGAGCCGUUAAGUACCUCUAUAAAUACAUUUAUAAAGGGCAUGACUGCGCAAAUGUAAAAAUUGUUGAAAAUGUGGCCCGAAUAAUGUAUAAUGAAGCAGAAACAUUUGUUGAGGCACGUUAUAUUUCGCCCCCUGAAGCAUGUUGGAGGCUGGCUGGAAAUGAAAUCCAAAGGAAAAGCCAUUCGGUGCAACGUUUGGACAUCCAUCUAGAAGGUCAGUACCGUGUGGGAAACAUGGAACAGACACAAGAAGAUGUAGCGGACACUGGCCUGAAAGGGUCCACCUUAGAGGCGUACUUUAAACACAACUCUAAACUUCACAUAGAAGAAGAGAAUGGGAAUGAAGUAACCUACUACUUCUACUGGCAGAUGCCAGAAAAGUACAAAUGGUUAGGCAAAACAAGUGAAUGGGUGGUACGACAGCGAAGCUCAAAAACUAUUGGAAGGAUCCACACCGUGAACUUAGUGGCCCAACCUGAACUUUAUCACUUGAGAAUGCUCCUCUUUCAUACCAAAGAUGCCAAAAGUUUUGAAGACCUUAAAUUUGUAAAUGGGACUGCCUAUUCCACUUAUAAACAAGCAUGCCUGGCAAAAGGCCUUACAUAUGAUGACCAGCAAUGGAUUGAUGGGCUGCGGGAAUCCGCUUUGUCAAAGAUGCCGAGUGUCAUGAGGACACUCUUUUGUCAAAUCUUGAUUCUCGGAUCACCAGAAAACCCUAAACGUCUCUGGGAUAUGUUUAAGGACGAGUUGGCAGAAGAUUUUCUUAGAGAAGCAGAGAUUUCUGGAACCCCUCUAGAAGAUGCUUACAACAGAGCAUAUAGAAUCAUAGCUUACAAGCUAAAUACUGAAGCUACAGAAGGACGCAACUUCCGUUUUUGGGUAGAGAACUAUGGAAUGGAUGAUAUUAACGACUUCGAGAUGAAUGAGGAGGUUUUUAACGUAGGGCAAUCUCAUGAAAUUGGCCAUCGCCUCUACAACAACCUCAAUGAUAAACAGAAGGAAUUUGUUGAUGCUGUCAUCCAAACACUUGAUGAUGAGAGUUCAGGACCAAAAUGUUUCUUCCUUGAUGGACCUGGAGGUACAGGGAAAACAUUUGUCUACAAUACCUUGUACCACCUCUGCCGAAGUCGAAACAUCAUUGUUAAAUGCAUGGCAUUUACAGGCAUUGCAUCCAUACUUCUGCCAGAAGGACGCACAACCCACAAGACAUUUGGUCUUAAAGUUCCUUUGACUAAUGAUUCAAAAUCAUCAAUCAAACGUGGAUCUUCAAAAUUCAAGGAAUUGGAAGCAGUCAACAUGUUCAUGAUGGAUGAAGCACCAAUGCUUCCUAAAUACGGUCUUGACUGCAUGGACGAGCUCCUUCGUGAUCUAGGUGACAGGAACUCCCCAUUUGGCGGGAAAAUAAUGAUUUUAGGAGGAGAUUUUCGACAGUGUCUACCGGUCCAGCCAAGGGCAAAUCGUACCGAACUUCUAGACCUUUCCAUCAAGAAAAGUGUUCUCUGGAGGUACUUCAGGGUUUUCUCUCUGGAACAAAAUAUGAGAGUUGAUGCGGAAGAGGAGUGCUUUGCUAGGUACCUACUGAAACUUGGAAAUGGAGAGCUUGAUACCAACGCUGAUAGUGAAAUUGAACUCCCUAAUGACAUCAUCACUAAUACUAAUGACAUUGUUAACGAGAUCUAUGGAGAAUGUCUCUCCGACGGAAACUUUGAGGACAUGAAGGAUCGAGCAAUUCUUGCACCCCUAAACAAGGACGUCGACACAAUUAACAACACCGUUAUCAAUUUAAUUCCUGGAACCGAGACCAUUUAUAAAAGUUACGAUUCAAUUAAAGAUGAACCAGAAGGUGCCUUAAAGUUCCCCCCAGAAUUCCUAAACUCUAUCGAGAUUUCAGACCUACCACCACACCAGCUCAGGCUAAAAAGUAAUACCAUUAUCAUGCUCCUUCGUAACCUUGACGUCUCAGAGGGUCUGUGCAAUGGCACUAGACUGAUAGUUACAGCACUCUGUCCUAACAUAAUAAAAGCCAAGAUCAUCACUGGUGAACACUCUGGCCGAGACGAAAGUUGUGUCGGCGCGUCGACAUAUAUACCAGGCCGUAUCGAGCUGCGGAUGGGAGGACCGAUGCUACUAGGUGUCGAAAGAGAUUCACUUCUCUACCUUGUUAGGCCAUCAGUCAGCACCGACCAGUUGUCAGUAACUACUGUCAAUUGGAAGGAUACUUACACCUCAGUAGCGGACUUUGUUCUCCUUUUGUUGUAA